GCUCAUCUCCUCUGUGGCAAUCCCCGUUUCUCUCCUCAAAUACACGACUUCCACCGUCGGCAGAAAUAGGAAAUGUGGAGAGCUGAUUGCUUAGAAGGGCACAGUUUAAUAUGAGGAUAAAGAGAUAGAAAAACGACCUGUUUAAGGCCCAGUUAAGUCAAAUGAAAGUGGAGAGAUGAUGUUUGCUGUUGACUGAAGUCCACCCCAAGACAAAAAAUGAAGAGGAGGCUGCUUCGUGGUUUCCUGUCGGAAAUUUCCAUCCGGAUAGCGCUGUUGGUCGUGUUCCUUGUGACGGAGCAGCUUCCACCUUUCUACCGUGAGAUCCAGCCAGAGGAGAUGUGGUUGUAUAAAUUCCAUCGUGUGGAGAGAGACCACGUACCCACCUCUCUUAUGUUUAGUGUGGCGGUUUUCACUCCGCUGAUUGUAAUCCUGGCUUUCACCUUCCUGAAGAAGUCGGAGCGAGGGGAUCUGAAGGAGGCCUCGCUGGCUGUGACUUUGACUCUGGUGCUGAACGGAGUUUUCACCAAUGUCAUCAAACUUGUUGUUGGCAGGCCACGGCCAGACUUCUUCUAUCGCUGUUUCCCAGAUGGUCAGAUGAACCUGGAGUUGCGCUGCAGUGGGGACCCAGACGUCAUCAUGGAGGGCAGGAAGAGUUUUCCCAGCGGACACUCUUCCUUUGCCUUCGCAGGUUUGGGUUUCACAGCGCUGUACGUCGCAGGAAAGCUGCGCUGCUUUAGUCCAGUGGGCCAAGGCAGAGCGUGGCGGCUGUGUGCCUUCCUCAUCCCUUUACUCGUCGCGACAGUGAUUGCCCUCUCCAGAACCUGCGACUACAAACACCACUGGCAAGACGUACUAGUGGGCUCUCUGCUGGGCCUUACCUUCGCCUGGCUGUGUUACAGACAGCACUACCCUCCCCUUCAGGACCCUGACUGCCACAGACCUCUGCGUCACAGAGAGACUGUUCCUGCCGCACAGGAACGCAAACUGGCCAACUCCAACUACAUCCUGCCGCUGUAGAACAGCUGUAACUGGGGUCAUUUAUACUGGGUUACAUGGUAAUCCUUCUAAGUCUGGUUUUCACACGCUUGGGACUGGGCAAUAUAUGUUUAUCAUUGUAACUGUAUAGUUGGAAUUUUCCUUGUGUGUAGUGACGAUUUGUUUUCUAAAUUCAAAUGACCCUUUUUUAUUUUUCUUUUUUUUUUUAUUUUUUUUUUGAACGGUUUCUGAAACACGUGAGAGUUAUAUAGCAAAUAACAACUCCAGUUAAACAGUCCAACUUGGUGGACCAAUCUCAGAUGGCCUGGUGACGAUCAUUACAGUUAUUGUAAUCCAUCCAUAUCGUCCAACCGUACACACCCUGUGUCUUGUGCCUACAGAUCACAUGACUUUAAACAGCUCAGCAGGUCAAAUACACAAGCACUGCACUGAUAGCCCAGCAGCUGAGAAGCAGUUUCUCGUGUAGAGUCACUAUUUUGUGAUCAUUUUGUAAACUUUUUCAACAGGCGGGGCUGAGACUUGAUGUUUGUUCAUCAUGCCUGACCUUUGAGAAACAAUAUACGGUGAAGAGAGUCUGAACUCAACAUGGUGCCGAAACGAUCAAGCGAUGAAUAAAUUAAGUAAUCAAUGAAUAUUAAAAAAGAAUCAAGAUAUUAGAUGACAAAAUUACAUUAAUUAAAUUAGUUUCAGCCUGAGCUUAAAAAAAAAAGUGAUGAUUUUCAGAUUUUUAAUGAUUUCAGCCGCAUCUCAACGUCGUCUUCAGUAGAGCUGGUUCAGGCGUGAUCACAAGACCUAACGGUGAAACAGCAGGGACCCUGGGCAAGAGAUGAAUGAAUGAUAAAUAAACAGAAAACAUCAGCUCUUUGUUAACAGCAGCCCAAACCUGUCUCAGCAUCGACUAUUAAACAAGAUCAAGGUGGACAUCCUUGAACCAAGUCAGGGGUUAAAGUCUUUCCACCGUACACAACCGCUUGUUAUCAUGUGGCUGAAUGAUUAAAUUUAGGUUCUCUAAAGACGAAUGAGAUAAGACUGAACGCUCCAAAUAAUUAUCAAGUGGACCUUUUGAGCUUAGAUUAUCUGUACCAUAUUUGUAUUUGAUUUGACAGGAAAUCUGGUGAAGUAAGAGGUGUUUAUGUGGGUCGAAGUAGGGGUGGGAAAUAUGGAUAAAAUCCUCCAUUUUAUGUGCUGAUAUCAAUGUGAAUCAUUGACAUAUAUAAAUCAUGAAUAAUUGCUCGUCGGGAAAACUUUUUUAAAUUCUAUUUAUAUAGCACCAAUUCAUAACAGAAGUCAUCCCAUUGCCCUUUUCACGUAGAGCAGGUCUAGAUCAUACUCUGUCAUAUCAUUUACAGAGACCCACCAAUUCCCCCCAUGAGCACACACUUAGCGACACAGCCAAAGGAAAAAACAGGUAGAAACCUCAAGAACAACCUAGACUCAGAGCGGGCGGCCAACUGUCUCGACCGGAAACUGAGAAACUGUUUAUGGAGAUAAUAAAAACACGAGAAUGUCUGUGUUUUGCCUCAUAAAACCAGAGAUAUUAAAGAAUACGAUUAGGUUGUAUAUUUUUAUCGUCAACAAAUUGCACGAAAAUACCAAAACCAACACUGUGUCUGUGGCACUUAAUUCAUUCCUGCUGAAGACAAAACUUUGACCAUCAGUCACGUAUAUACUGUUUACUGUACAAUUCACAUCUGGAAAAUGCUGAGUAAUUUCCUUAAUCAGCUACGCACUGUAGUUUUUAGCAAAUGUUAUUCAACCAGGAGUAAACAGACCCUUUGUUGGGAACCAUUUUCAGUCACGGAUUAACAUACAUUUAGUUUGCAGGUUGUUUUAGGACAACAGUAAAUAGAAUCAGUAAGAUGCGCGCAGAUAAUUCUUGUUUGUAGGAUCAAUUCAUUGUUGGUGUUUGUCCUUUCAUGGGAUUUGUUGACAAUAAAAGAAAGCAAAGCAAAAGAAAAGUACAGAAUAUCACCAGACUAAUACUUUAAAGGGAUAGUUACGACGGUAUGGUAAAACCUCUAACCAUUGACUCUUAUAUCCUAUUAUCUCACAGUACAUGUCAACAUGUGGCCCGCCCCCCCUCUUUGCUGCCUUUAUGUUUAAAAGCAGGUUAAUGAAAACCACUUGGUCGGCAUCACAUCUUUGAUCUCCACAGCCUCUCUUAAAUCUCUCUGUCUUCCUACAUUAUAAUUUGAAUGUUUCCAUUCACAGAUUGCUAAAUUAAUCAGUGUAACACCCCGAUGUAGCAGUUCACCUCAUCUCUUCUCACAGAUUUUGCAGUGCCUGCUCUACUUUCUUUGUGACAAAUGCUCAAAUUAACUGGACAUCUGCUAACGUCGCCACAAGUUCAUAUGAAAUGUAAAAGAACUGUGAGAUAGAUGUUUUCAUACAUCCAUGGUCUCAGGCGUACUGUAGGUCUGGUUUUCGUUAUUGUACACUCUUCUGGCUCCUCUGCGUCCUCUGUGUGUGAAUGUUCACCAGGGGUGGUGAGAUGUGACGAACAGGGAUUGGUUGUUUGAGUGACAGCAAAACCAGAUCUUCCUGAUGAACCUGAGUGAAGUUGGACUGUAACUUCUCCAGGUGAUGGUGCUAGCCUCCCAGCUCUCCUGCUGGACAGGUUUUCUAUCCUGUUAAUAGUUUUAUUGGCACGUAGAGUUUGGUGUUUGUUCUUCUUCUGGUAGUUUCAUUUAAGAUUGUGAAGGCUCAGGUUCAGUUAUGAUUUUAUGUUUACUUUGUUGGCAUUUCGUUUUUUUUUCUUUUAUGCUAUGUUUUUGUUAUGAUGUUUUUGUACAGAAUAUGUCAUGUUUUACGCAAAUGUGACUGUUUUUGCAGGUUGAAAAAUGAAAAACAACCAAACCUCUGUGCAUGUGAAUCCAGCCAAAGCGUUGCUCGUUGUGGUGAAUCAGCACGGCUGGAUCACAGUGGUUUUAGACAAAACCUGGCAGAAAAAAACAGAUGAAUUUGUGCCUUUGUUUACUAUAUUACGUUACAACUCUUAGUUAAUGGAUGAAGUAUAUGCUGCAUGUAACAGUGUAUGCUCUCUGUCAUGUUGUGGACACAACAUUGAUCUUUACGUUAGUUAUUGUUUUACAGUGUCCAGGGUUCAGUUGGGAAGAUACUACAUGAUGUUUAAAUGUGGCAUGCUGCCUUUCUUUACCUCAAAAGAAAAAAAUACUUUCCAUAAAUGUUAUUGUUAAUGAUGUCUGGGUGGAAACAUUUACAACUGAGAGAGUAGUCAACGUGGAAAAAACUUAACUCUUACUGUACUCACUCUUACAGGUAUUUAUGAGAUGGUGUACAGGUCCAUGUGUAUUUAAUUUGGGAGCAUGUAUGAGUUUACUUGAAUUUGUAAGUAUUUGUUUUGUUUACCUUUAAAUGUGAUGGUGUUUAUUUCCUGAUCAUCUUUUAUUAGCACAUGGGUUUCUGGUGAAUCUUUCAGACAAAAACAAAAGUUCAUUAGACUAAUUUUGAUUAAACCUGCAUGUUUCACAGCUUAAGAGCAACAUAUUUUAUUAAUUGCUUCCUUCCAAAUCCCCACAUUUCCAUCCAUUUUAAUUACUUUAUGUGAUUUGCAGUACAUGUAUACUGUAUCAGGUUGUUGAUCGUGUCUGGUCUCCUUCAGAUGGGGAUUUUACUAACACUUGCCCGCUUGCUUUAUUUAUGUCAUGCAUCAUGGUAACUUGCCUUGGCUUGUAGGACCACAUAGCAGCGGCUCAUGCUGAUACAGUAUCCUGAUUGUACAUGUUGUGAUGCUCUUUUGGUGACACUUAACAAUGUUUGCAAUACAAUACACUCCGUCCUUUGCUUAUUUUC